AUGGCCUCUUCCGACAUCCAAGCUUCCCUUGGGCAAGCAUUAGUUGGUUUCUCUAGGGAUGCCCAAUUCCCCGAUGAUGAGCUGGUGUCUGCGGCUUAUGCUGAUGACUCGGUUUUACCUGGUGCUUUGACAGCCCUGAGUGAUGUUCAAUCCGCGUUGGAGACCGAGAUCCGACAGAUCAGCCGCGAGGCUGCCCCCGAUGUCGAACAAUGGAUCGCCCAUGCAAAGACCAUCCAAGACGAUAUCGAAAAGUCGAGACGGCUUGCCAAUAGUAUUGUGCGGCAAGCAGAGGCAAAUGAGCAGCGGCUGGAGGCGUUGGAAGAGCAAGAGAACUAUGUGACUUUUUUGAUGAAGGAGGCCGCAUUCAAUCAGAGACUUGAUGACACGCUCCGGUCAAUACAGCAAGUAAAAGAUCAGCUAGAUAAGGCCUUAGAACUUGCCGGGGAGAGGAACUUUAUCCAGGCCAUGAUGGUGCUUGAAGAUUCCUACGCCGCGAUUUCAACCAUUCCUGCCGAUAAUAUGGUGCGAGCUUGGAGGAUACUGGAUUCGAAAUGGGCCGACCUCCGUGGUUUGAUACAUGAGCAGGUCAGAGAUGUCUGGAACUUGUUAAUUCAUGUUGACAUGGAAAAACGGGUAUUGACAAUCAACAAAACUCUUCCAGAUGAAGUGAUGAAUUUAGAACAAGCUAUGAUUGGUCUAAAGACUUAUAAAGAAAUUGAUGCUGUAGCUAAAAAGCUCUGGGAGGAUCUAGACCAGGCGAUACUAAAACCCCGCUCAGAGCUUCACAAUACCAUCAGUGCCAAUCAAAACCACUCCGAUACCACAAUAAAAUCUCUAUUCUUUGACCUUGAAAAGGUUAUUCGCUUUCUGAUCGACAAUCUUCCACCCGAGCUCAUUAAAUCACUCUCGGAUGUGAUGAUGCCCACUCUGUCUACUAGAAUCAAAGAGCUAUGGCUCGAUACAGCGGUGCCAUCAUCGCUUGAUGAUAUGGUUGAUUACCAGAAAGCGCUACUGCAAGUAAGCGAAUUUGCCAAUAAGCUGGAUGAUAUCCAAUGGCCGGGGACAAGUGUUUUCCACGAUUGGGUCGCCAAUGUUUCGAAGAUAUGGCUUAAUAAAAGGAGAGAGACCGCGUUAGAUUGGACGAGGCAUCAACUAUCAUUAGGAGUCGGUGCCCCUCGAUCCGCAGAGCGAAUCGAGAAACGCAUGGUACCACGGGAUGAGGGUCAGCACAUAGCUGCAACGGGGACUGUCGCUACUGAAGACUGGGAUGCAGCCUGGGAUAGCGAGCAAGAGGAGGCAGCUCGUGAAGAGGAUACAGGACGCCCAGAACUGAGUAAAAACCGCAGUUCUGUAGAAGAGGAGCGACGAAAUUCCGUAAUAGCUACCCAUAUUAAUCUUGAGGAACCUCAAGAUGACGACGACGAUGCAGCCGAUGCCUGGGGUUGGGGCGACGAUGAUACCACAGAAGCCGAGCCUGUUCCCGAUAACAACCCAAUUUCACCAAAGUCUGAGAAUGAGCCAGCUGUAGCAAGCCGAGGGCUGCCAGAUGAAAAGCUCACAGCAGAUGUCCGAGAAAUGACGUUGUCAGAAAAAUACUCGACAUCAUCCAUACCACAGCCUGUACUACAAACGGUAAUUGGGCUCUAUGAUGAUUGCGCCACGUUAACAAAACCAGAGAACGAACAGCUACCUGUGGCUCCUGCGGCCCCUGGCCUGUUUAAUCUUCCAACCCUUAUACUUGCUAUGUAUCGUGCGGUAUCCCCGUACUACUACGCAAGUGAUCCAAAUGGCAACAUGUACCUCUACAACGACGCCAUGUGGCUGGCAGAUCGGCUCCGAGAUUUUUCCUCCGAGUGGAAACAGCGCAAAGAUCUUACCGAGCGUGCUUAUGGUUUGGUCAAGCUAGACCCAGAGAUAAAAAAAUUGGAAAGCUUUGGCAAGCGAGCUUAUACCAACGAGUUGAUCAACCAGCGAACUGUAUUAAUAGAUCUGCUAGGUGAUACUCAGAACUUCCUCCAGCAAGAUAAAAGAGAGAUCAUUCUCGGUAUCAGUGAUAUCGUCCAACAAACCCGCGACAAAGCCAGAGCUUGGUCCCAAAUUCUAACAUGGUCUGCCUGUGCUUCUGCCGUGGGGUCCCUCGUCAACACAAUCGCCACAAAACUCAUCGCUGACAUCUUCGACCUCCCCACAAUCGGCGUCGACGACGCCGAAAGCAUCGCCACAGUUCUCACCAAAGUCGAAGAACUCGACGACCUUUUUAUCAAACCUACGGACCCCAAAUCCUCCGACUCCAGUCACUCCCGCGACGAAGCAUCCACUAAAGUUUCCCUCGCAGCCCAAUUCGUCGAAAAAUGGCUCCGGAUGAACUAUCUGAACCAGAUCCUGCAGAGCAACCUGGCGGAUAUCAAGUUCCUCUGGAACGAGAGUGAGCUCAGCUAUUAUUUCACGGUCGACGAGGUCGUGGAUUUGAUUAAUCUUAGUUUCGAGAAUAAUAAUCAUGUCAGGCAGACGAUUAAGGAGAUUAGGGCGAACCCGAACCCCAGGGAUAAUGAAGGGGACUGGUGA